GCUCAGGAGCCGGGCACCUACACCCUCCGUCAGCUCUCGGCGUCCUUUGGCGCGGUUCAGCUGCUGCUCCCUCACGUGUACCCCAUUGUACAGUAUGAUGUUUACUCCCAGGAGCCUCAGCUGAAGGUGGAGCCUCUGAAUGAGUGCCUUCUAGCCGGAGUUCCACAAAAAUUAAAGUUUACAUUGACAACUGGACAUUAUCGAGUAAAGACGGGAGACACCUUGCAACUGAGUAAUGCGGACACCAUGCCACUCCUCCCAGGGGUGGACACAAGCGCCUCCAUCUACCAGAACAGCCAUGGAGAAGUGUCGGUCAGCACCCUCAGUGUUCAGCGAUCAGAUAAGGUGACCAGCAUCGCCCUCCCUGUGGCCCCUCCAUACCAUGUCAUGGAGUUUGAACUGGACGUGCUCUGUUUGCUUCCUGAGUGUGGACGCCUGAUGAAUGGAGAGAUUCCACACAAAGGGAAGGACAUUCAGAAUUAUCAAAGCGCUUGUGGUGGUGGAAUUCUGGAGCAACGGGUCUCUGUGGACUGUCCGUGGUCCAUUUAUUCCACCAUCAUCAGCCUGACUUUCCGCCUUCCUCUGAAAGCACAACACACGCUCCUGUCCUCGGGCACCAGGAAGUUCAUCCAGGUCUGUGUGGAGAACACGUGUGACCAUAACUUCCAGCUGUCAGACAGCAGCCUGAGCUCAAGCCAAGACCUGCAGCUCCAUCCCCUGCACACGGCGGAGAGUCAGGCUCUCCAGAGUCAGCAGUGCCUGUUCUACGUGUGGGAGGUGACGUGGUGCCAGGGUUUGCCCCCAUCGUUGCCCUGCAGCUUCUCGGUUAGCUUCUUCCCGUUGCCUCUUCCUGAAUCCUGCGCCCAUCUCCAGCCCUUUACCUACUUCUUCCACUUGGAGCACUUUUAUACCCUAUACACUGUACGUGCUGAAAUCUCACCCCCAGCAGAGUCCGAGUUCUGUAAGAUGGGGUCACUCUGCUCACUAGAUGUCUGCAUCACCCGACUGUGUGACCCUGUGGAGACGGACAAAGAGGAGACGCUGACAGACUGCGAGGGCUACACCAGCACUCAGCUCUUCUACCAGGUGGUUGAUGGUGGAAGUAACUGGGCGGUGUGUGGCAGGAGCUCUGGCGUGGUCCUGAUGCCGGUUAAACAUGGGGCAUGCCAUACUGUUCGGAUGGAGGUAAUGCCCCUCUUUGCUGGAUAUCUACCCUACCCCGAUGUGCAGCUGUUCAGAUACCUGCCCCAUCACUCACAUCUGCAGCAGGUGGAUGCCGACAGCUGGAUUGAGAAUGACUCUGUGUCCGUGGAGGAUCCGUGUGAGGCCCCUAGUGGGCGUUCUCAGAGCACCUCGCUGUCUCCAGGACCCCUCGGUGCCACAGCAGAGCAGAAAGGACUUCCAAUGCCGCGAUUACAACCUUUUCACGCCGGACAAGUCAGCAACAACAGUGCAGGGCGGCAAAUCCUGGUUAUUCCAAGUAUGGACGACCAUGUACUGGAGGUCAACGUCACAUGACACAGUGCCUGGCGCAGAAGCCACUAGUGUAUUAUAUAUGUACAGCUGGGUGUGGGGCCUGGACUGAGGCUCCAGAUCACUUUUCAUGAUGCCUGGAUGAAUUGGAAGCUCUGGAUGAUUGAUCAUUGUGCAAUAUUGUGUGUUCCCGCCAGGACGGCAGCAGCGCACUAUACAUAAUGCUGGGUGUGUAUACAGGGAAGGGGACACACUGGGCCCGGCUCCACACAGUCUGGGUAUUGCAUGUUUUACUGCAUCUUCAUCAGCAGUGACUGUCAUGACCUCAGUGUGCGGGGGCCGGAGCGCAGCAUGGAGGAGCAGUCACUACAUUUAUCAGAAUGACCUCCAGGACCUCUGCUCCACCACGAGUCAAGACCAUGGUGUGACCCUCGGUAAGACUUUACUGGACCCGGACACUUCACCACUGGUCAGAACCAAGUCCGCAUUGAUAAACCAUUCCUAAUAUUAUAUUAUUGGUCACAAUGAGGUCUGUGUCUGUUUCUCAUGUAGUAUCAGCCUGCCCUGGUCAUUGGUCAGUAUGAGGUCCGUAUCUCCUGUAGUGUCCUCCUGCCCUGGUCAUUGGUCAGUAUGAGGUCCGUAUUUCAUGUAGACUCCCCAUUCUCUUGUCAUUGGUCAGUAUGAGGUCCGUAUCUCCUGUAGUGUCCUCCUGCUCCCGUCAUUGGUCAGUAUGAGGUCCUUAUCUCAUGUAGUGUCCUCCUGUCAUUGGUCAGGAUGAGGUCCAUAUCUCAUGUAGACUCCUCCUGCUCCUGUCAUGGGUCAGUAUGAGGUCCGUAUCUCAUGUAGUAUCAGCCUGCCUUGGUCAUUGGUCAGUAUGAGGUCAGUAUCUCCUGUAGUGUCCUCCAGAUCCUAUCAGUGGUCAGUAUGAGGUCCGUAUUUCAUGUAGACUCCUCCUGCUCCCUUCAUUGGUCAGUAUGAGGUCCAUAUCUCAUGUGGUGACCUCUCGCUCCCAUUAUUGGUCAGUAUGAGGUCCGUAUCUCCUGUAGUGUCCUCCUGCUCCCGUCAUUGGUCCGUAUCUUAUGUAGACUCCUCCUACUCCAGUGAUUGGUCAGUAUGAGGUCCAUAUCGCCUGUAGUGUCGGCUUUCUCCGAUCAUUGGUCAGGACCAUAUGCUGGAAGCACCGGCCUCGGCACGACACACUACGCUCCCCUCUCUGGAAUCUUCUUUGCUGCUAUAGGGAAGUCUUCUGUCCCUGCCUAUGAUAAAGCCCACGGGUUCAUAGAUGGUGGCGCUGCCAGACAACGCUCGGAUCAGCACGAUGCCUUUGUCUCGUGACUGCUGCAGCCAUCAUGGUGGGCGCUUGUCUUGUAGACCUUCGCAGCUGUAGUACGCCAUUUUAAGGUGACAGCACUAUUUAUUUUUGGUAUAUUAUACCUCUACAAUAAGGUGGAAGCUUGUAUUAAGAGUACCCAGAAAUACAUGUGUUU